CAGCUAUUCAGAGCCUGUGAGGGGGUAGAGCUAAGUGGAAGCAGGUGAUGCUGCUUCUGCUGCAUGCGGUGCUCCAGAGAUGUCCACAUUAAUCUUAAGAAAGUAUAUACUGAGGAGUAGGUUGUACUGUGUUUUGCUCCAAGAAGUUACGGCUGGACUGACAGUAAAGCAGAGCAGAAAUGCCCAGCUGUCUCUGCACGAUAUGGGGCUGUGGGUGUGUAUAUUUGAAGCAUUACUGUGUGCUUUCGGUAGUUAAGGAGUAGUUGUGCAAAUGGCAGACAGGUUGUCAUGGAGAAGGGGAAGUUAGCACUUCAGUUGCUCAUUGCCUGAGCUUGGAGAAAAGGUCGGAGAAACGUUUGUUUGAGCAUGCUGCAGUCAUUGACAUGUACAGAGAUGUUAAGCUUUUUGCUUAGGUGUUUCGUAGAUGAAGAGGAUUGGCUGACCAAGCUGUGCUUAUAUAUAUGUGCUUCAGUUGCAUACCAUGACUAAAAGUAGUGAAACCAGCUCCUGGGUCUUGUAAAGCCAUUGGAUACGUAGGACCGAGCUUCCAAAUCUGGCUGCCAAAAGAAGCCCUGGCUUGUGUUAAACUGCUGGAAGUCACCAGUGACUCAAACCAGUCAGUAAAACAGAUAUUUGGUAUGUGCUGGUUAAGUUCUAUUACUUGUGAAUUACUGUCAGCCUUUGUUACUGAUGUCUCUACAUUUAGUUGCUAACUUCAGGCUGAAUACUGAGAAAUUCUGCUCAAACCAUUCUUUGCAAGACAGUGAAAUUGCUGCAGUUCACUCAGUUGCUGCGCUGGGAUUUCCACUACGCCCACUAUGUCUAUGUCAUUCCAGUGACACCUUUCCAAAAAUAAAGGCAUAACUGAAUGUUUGUUUUAAAGCAAUGACAGGUAAAGUAAUUGCAGGCUUAACUUGCUGGGAGUUCUCAAGGUGUGUUUCAUUAGUUAGAGGUGAUAGCUUUUCCUGGUGUUCGCAGCAUGGCUUGGUAUCUAUGGCUUGGUAGGUCUAAUGGAACAUCUCCGAUGGUGCGUAAUAGAUUAUAAACAUGGUGUGAAUGGUUCUGGUGUAGGAAAACUGCUUUCAAAGGGCAGAAUGAGAAGUUGUUCUGUUAGGUAUGAGAGCACUGCCAAUGAGCAGAGUCUGUCCUACCUUGCUUCUGCACCCCAGCUUUUCUUCCACGGGCAGGUAGAGUGCUGGAGCCCAUGCAGGGAGGGAACAGAACUUCCUCUUGAGGCAGUAGGAGCAGUUCUCCUAGUUCAGGUGCUUGCAGGGCUGUCAGAGGGUUCUUGUAUUGAGCUGUGAGACCCAAGACUCUGUUUUGGUUCUGCAGGGUAGUUCUCAGUGAAGCUGAGCAAGCAGACGCAGCAGACAGCUGUAGGCAGGCACGCAGCCAGUGUGGAACUCCUGGCCUGCUGGAGAGGAAUGGUCUCAAAUAGUAUUUGGAUUGCCUCAAGAUAGUUUUAAAACCACAGCCAUUAUAACUGCGUUAGGUAUCUAGCAGAACAUUAAUCAGUUCUCAAGUUUAAGUACGAGGUUUUCUUGUGGGUGUUUUUGUUGUUUUUUUGAGUGUUUGAUUUGAUUUUUGUAUUUUUUCCAACUAACUUGCGGGACCCUGCUGUUCUUUUUGAAAAAUGCCUGCUUCCUGGGAAGAGGUUGGUUUAAUUUUCUUUUACAAGUCUUUCUGCGAAUCAUUUAGCUUUUAAAUGUUUCAGAAUGAGAAAAUACAUGCUUAUCUCCUCUUGGAUAAUUGUUUCUUAUUAAUAGUAACUGUUAGCUCUGCUAUAAUAGGGUUUAUUCAAUAUUCCUUUUAUGACAGAACUCUGAUGUGAUAGGGAAUAUGCUAUUUAGCUAAAGGUUUGCAACGUUUUGUUGUAGCUUCAUUAAGAGUCGGUGGUUUGAGGAUGACUACUGUGUAUUUAAAAAAUAAAAUAAAAUCAUGAAGCCUUUUUAUUGAAUGUAGUGAAGUGAAUUGUGGUGUCAUGAUCGUGGAUAUAAAACAAACUUUGAGUCAGCUGAUAGAAACUUUAGCUGAUAUUUGUAUUGUGGUUUAUGAGGAAUAAAGAGAUGCUGUUCCUGAAAGAUAUUUCCCAUCCAGCUUUUUUAGCCAGCACCGAUGUUCUCAGUGGUAUGCUGCAGUUCUUCAGAGGAAACUGGAGAUGUUUCGUGCAUGUCAACUUAUAUGAGUAAAAUCACUUACACGUGUGUGCAUAUGAAAUUAUAAAAACUUGUGCAAUAUGACGUAAGUUUGGGGGGUGGAUGAGGAAGGGAUAUGUAAUAGCUCUGAAAUUUAAGAAAUGUUUUUGGAAAGUCUGCAUCAAUACCAUGGGUAAUGAAGAUUCUCUGCAGCAAUAGAGUAAUAGCAGCAGCAGUUUACCUGGUAAAUUUAAUGCUGUAAAUGCAUUUUUAAAAACUCUGAGCUCCUCAGGCGUCUGAGUGACUCUGGGAUAUAACGACUCCGGUGUGUUGCAAGAUGCAUAAUGCGGACAGCUUCUUGUGAGUGAAAGAAAGAUCUUGAGAAACCUGUGAAAUACGUUAGCGCUUGCUGUGACUACUGUAGGGGGGUCCUGUUGGCUUGGUUCUUCUAGAAGAGCUUGAGUAUGUUGUGUGGUAAACACACAUCACUGAGCGGGGUGAUGUGACACAAGUCAUUUACCUAUGAAUGGAAGUCAAUUGAUUUCUACACCUAAUUCUUCCUUUCUGUAAAUAAAGGAUGAAAACCUUUUUCUAAGGUUUAAAGUCUCCCUGAAAACAAAAACUUAGAGAUACUUUCCCUGCACUACAUGAAAGAGUAGCAUUGAUGACUACUGUCCUCAAGUGUCCAUAGUUUCCUUAUUGUAUAAUAACUGAAGUGGCAUCCUGCUUGGUUUGUGCCUGCUUAAAAUGGUAUCUAAUCAGUUUAUAUCAAUAUUUAACUGCUCAUGUCUUACACAUCUAAGCUAACAAUGUCUGUAGUAAUGCUAAAAUAGUAGUCCUGAUGAACAAAACUGGUAAAUAAUUUGUGUGUUUUAGGUAUUGAGGGCGAUUUCUCUCUUGCAUCAUGCGUGAAUACAAGCUAGUGGUUCUUGGUUCUGGAGGUGUUGGAAAGUCUGCUCUGACUGUACAGUUUGUUCAAGGAAUAUUUGUUGAAAAGUACGAUCCCACGAUAGAAGACUCCUACAGAAAGCAAGUUGAAGUAGAUGCACAACAGUGUAUGCUUGAAAUCUUAGAUACUGCAGGAACAGAACAGUUUACAGCAAUGAGAGACCUAUACAUGAAAAAUGGACAAGGUUUUGCAUUAGUAUAUUCCAUCACAGCACAGUCUACGUUUAAUGAUUUACAGGAUCUAAGAGAACAGAUUCUUCGAGUCAAAGACACUGAUGAUGUGCCUAUGAUUCUUGUUGGCAAUAAGUGUGACUUGGAAGACGAAAGAGUUGUGGGAAAGGAACAAGGUCAGAACCUAGCAAGGCAAUGGAAUAAUUGUGCAUUCUUAGAGUCUUCUGCAAAAUCAAAGAUAAAUGUUAAUGAGAUCUUUUAUGACCUUGUGCGACAAAUUAACAGAAAAACUCCAGUGCCUGGAAAAGCACGCAAAAAGUCAUCAUGUCAGCUACUUUAAUACAUAGCUGUACUGUAGCUCUGAGCCAGGUCUGAAGAACUGUUGCCCAAUUCAACAGUGCCAGCAUUCCAACUUUAUUAAACCUACCAACAUCUUAAAUGGACUUUCCUGUGGUGGUACCCUUUAAGAAAUGGAUGAAAGCUACUACAUCAGUUUGCACAUUCUAAUCACUUUCCAGUGUCACGAGAGAUUUUUACUUAUAAAUAUUCUAAGUGUAUGCAACUGGUAAAACCAGAGCCUACAUCCAGUAUUACUGAUAAGAGACAUUGUUCAUCCACCGAUGUUGUACAUGUAUGAAAACUGUGUACUGUAUACUUCAACAAUCCCCACUUUCUAUUGGAGAGUACAAUAAUGUAAAUCCUAAAAGCACCACUAUUUUAGCAUAAUAAAAGAAAGUCCAAAGAGCUCCUAUAUAGACUACUCCAGAUAACUUUGCUUCAUCGGUAUUUGUAGCUUAUUGUAACUUUUUUAAAGAAAUACAGGAUCAUCAUCGUAUUGUACAAAAGCGCUUUGAUUAACACAACAGCUAUAUAGUUUUUUAAUUUUAGGAAAAACCUGUGGAGACAGUGAUCUAGUCUUUAAGAGUCCUUUCAGUAUAACGUCUGACUAAAGACAUGGCCUUUAAUAUCUGUUGGGAAGGAAAUGUCCAGACUUUUCAACCUUUUAUUGUAUGUUUCCUUUUCCUUGUUUACAUAGGGAACAAUGUUUAUAGUUGUGUGUACAGUGGGGGUCUACAACAAGAAGUGUAUAUUUUAAAACGAUUUUUUAAUGAUUUAACAAUUUUUUGUAAAUCAUUUUCGGGCUUCUGCAGCUGUAGAUUCUCACUGUGAAUUCCCUUGCUUGCUCAUGCAUAAGUGUAUUUGCAAUACCAAAUAUACAGGUUUAGUACUUUUGCCUGUUAGUGAUUGUUUUACAUGUGUAACGUUUUGGUUGAGAUGUUAAAUGGUGGAAGAGUACUGUGGAUGUGAAUGUGGGAAGUAAUUUUAAUCAUGUGUAAUUGGUCACAGGGCCUAAGUUGCAGUAAUUAACUUUUUGCUGAUUUAUUUAACAAUGCCUUGUUGCUUUGUAUGCAUUAACGUUUGGGUGUAAAGAUUGUGUGUAUAUCCAACAGGGAGCCACAGUAUUUAAAUUGACCAACCUAAUGUUACAACUGCUUUGAGGUGGCCAAAUGUAAACUAAAAGCCUUAAUUAAAGUGGUGCAAUUUUGUAUGACUUAGCAUCAGUAGUUCAAUAAAUUUGGAUUGCCAUGCAAGGGCUUGCAUUACAGUUAUAUACUACUUGAAUGUUUUGUGUUUUGGUAGAGCUAGUAAAUAUUGAUUCUAGAUCUCUUGCACAGUGCAGACUCAUACAUCAUAUGAUAAGGAACACUUAUCGCUUUGUCUUCUGACAAAUAGACACCAUAGGUACUUCUUUUAAUAGCAUCACAUGUGCUAGGGUGGAAGAAUUUUGGAGUGAAACUUCAUUUACUGCUUUAGACACGGAAUAUUUGAAAUUCUGAUGUAAGACUAGCUCCCUUACAGAAAAGUAUGUUUUCAAAAGUUAGACCAUCGGUGACUUUUUUUUUGGAAACUAAGGAUAUAUUGCCUGCUAUUUUCCUUCUUUCCAGGAAAAAUUCAUUGUUAGAAUUGACUUAGAAUAGACUUAAAGGAAAAAAUAUAUAUCUUGGGGGAAAACAUGAUUUUUCUGGAUGAUUAAACCGUAUUUGUUUGGUUUCAA